AAUUUCUCCCCGUCCAUUGAACACCUCCUGGGAACGAUGGUUCUUUUCUAAUUCUUUUGUUUAUAUUUAUUUAGAGAGAGAUAAAUUAUCUGUGAGUCGCUCAUAAAUAUGAAAAAGCAUUAUUAAUGGGCGUUUUCAUGUGUUUAUAAAAUGUCUUACUCUGUGUAGGAAGAAAAUAAGCUUGAAGCUCAAUAGGCCUACAUACUUCAGAAAUGCAUCUACUAAUAUAAAAAAAGUACAGGUUAUUAACUACCAUUUUUAUCACAUUAUGAUUAAUAAAAAUAUAGUGAGUUUCCUUAUAGUAAGUAUCAUGAGAGAAAAAUAGGUAUACAGUGUAAAAUUCCCUUGAAAUGGGUAGGCCUACAGCACCAGACGAAGAAAAUAGCAUAUAUUGUGCCUGUGAAUUUGCCAAAAUAGACACAUAUUGAACUAGACACACCUACCGAGGCAGUGGAACACAUAACAGGGCGGCAUGGGCGUGAGGGACGCCCACGUGGGCGCAAAAAUGGGCGGCCGCCCAUUAUGCAGGUAAUAUUCAAAACUCGCGCCUAAUGAGCAAUGCAUUGUGGGCGAAAUCGUUAGGCUUAGUGCGCCAGGGUCUAUACCAAUACUUUUUUGUAUUUUUAAUGUGUGAUGUAGGGAGUUUGGUGUUAAUAUCUGCGCGAGGGAGUUACAUUAACAUCUGAAGGAGGGAGGUGUGGCCAUGGAGGCGUUGUCGGAUGGGGGGGUGCUGGAGGGGGAAUCACAGAUCAUUAGCCUUAUCGGAAAUGAUGACCUUAGUAUGGUUGAGGCAUCAAUGCUACAGAAUGAUGCUAGCGUCAGUGCGAUGAUGGAGUUUGUUGGUGAGGAUGAAGAUGCACUCUCUGUAGCCUUGUCCAAUGCAUUUACCAAUGCCUCCUCAACCACCACCCCUUCUUCAGCAAGGCUCUCAACCUCCACGUCUCCAUUUACCACGUCGUCUUACUCCACCACAUCAUCCUUUGCCACCACAUCUUCGUCUUGCUUCACAACGCACAUCACAACUCCAGUAGACCGGGGAGCUGGUAUUGAGGAGCUUCCAGGUCACCAGAAUCCCUUACCAACACCACUCUUGUUAACCUCUCAACAUCACCAUCAGCAUCAUCACCAUGGUAACCCUAGCCAGACCCUUCACUCUCACACUGUUCACCACCACCAUCACCACCACCACCACCAGCAGCAGCGUGCCCACCAGCCUUCGCAGCCUACUCAACAUUCCCACCUGCCACAGAACUAUUAUCAACAUGAACAGGUUCAAGUAUCACCUGGAAGGUCUCAAGGAGGGUAUUCUGUAGGAGGAAGUUUUACAUCAUAUAUUACCCCGUCCACACUACAGACGUCUCACCCCAAUCCACUACAUGAAGCUCAUCACCAGUUCCUCCCACAAAUUAAAUCCGAGUCCUCCCCUGUUGAAUCUUAUAUACCCAACCUAAAGAGUGAACCUCAAGAGGAAUUUAUGGAUCCUCUAGACACUCACCUUGAGCCAUCAUCGACGACAAUCCCUACAGCUCCCAUAGCAUAUAACCAACACCCAUCGAAUAUUAUUACUGGACGGGGCAUCGGUGCUGUUCCCUACACUUCUCAUGGCCCCCCACCUACGCCAUCUCCUAGUGGCUUGUCCACGAUUGAAACAAAUGGGACACCAUCUCCAGCCUCUCAGUACUUGUAUCCAUCAGACUCGAAUGCAUCAUACUUGCUGGAACUGGCUACAUUGCCCACAAGACACCAGCAACAACCUUCUCAGGGACAGUCUCAACAUCAACAGUCACAGCAUCAACAAUCUCAGCCUCAACAAAUGUCUCCGUCAUCCCAUACCAAUGGGUUAACUAGUUACGGCAGCAGUGUAGAAGAUUCUCGGUCUCUUAGCCUGAGCUACUACGAGCCUUCGCACUUACCUCAGGAAGAUACCCGGCAGGCAACAACUAGAGGAACCCACAUGGUGUUCUUGCCAGAAAAUUCUCACAACCUAAGAACUAGAGUAAAGGUGAACCGGAAGAAGUCGUGCUCACCUUCUCCAUUAACUGACGAAGACAACUUUGAGGAAAAGCCAGUGGACCUAGUCAGCAAUGACUCAGAUGAAGAAACUCUCAUUAUUGAUACAGAUACAAGCAGCACGCCAGGCGAAGGUAUUGAAGGAUUUGAGUGUGGAGAGUGCGGCAUGGUGUGUCGUACUCGGGGAGGUCUCCGAAAACACCUGACAACGGAGCAUCUUCCAGACGAACCAGAGCCAGCGGAAACCAUUCCCAAGCAAUACUCGUGCACUAUGCCACUCUGUCAUUUUUCCACAACCAAGCGGGAUGCAUAUGACAUACACAUUGCCAGCCACAUAGCCGAGGGCUGGACACCCACAGGAAAGAAACGACAAAAUAAAAACCCUUUACAGAGACACAGGUACAACAAGGAAGAACUAACUUGUCCGCUUUGUGAGUAUGCUUGCACAGUAGAGAAAGCAUUCAGAAAACACCUCAAGACACACGAGGAAGGUCAUCAUGGACCCAUAUCAAAAGUUUCUUGUUGCAUUUGUGGUAAAGAUAGACCAAACGAGGCAGAAAUGAAGACGCACAUGAAGAAGCACCGAAUAGGAAAGUUCUAUCGUUGUGAUAUAUGCAAGUUCCAAACUGUGCAACUGAAAAAGCUCAUACAACAUCGGAGAAUGCAUACUGGUGAGAAGCCACAUUUGUGCCCCUUCUGCCCCUACCGUGCUGCUCGUCGUGACAACCUACGGUCCCAUGUGCGGCGCAUGCACAAACGAGAAAACAUGUACGGAGACACAUUUACUCCUCGGCCUGUGCUGCUGGCCGAAGCCGACUGUCAAGAUCACAUUCGUGUUAUUGAACAAGAGCACCACCAACAGGUCCAAGGCACAUCCAUUCCAGGGUCCACACAGCCUCAUCCUCCACUCCAUGUUCCACUAUAAUUUAUGUCUAGCUAGUGGUGCGAAGGUGGAGUUAGUCCAUCAUCAGGGUCGGCUCGACUCUGUAUCCUGUGUCUUAUUCAUAGUCAUAACUUUAUGUUAAAUAUGGAAUGCUUUAGAUAGUUUGACAAACCAGUAUGCCAUUGCUUCUCGUAGAGCAUCAUAAGAUAUUGGGUCCUUGCUAACCAAGAUUUGCAAACCAUUGGAUGAGUUCAGGUGAGUGAAGUGAGUUACAGGUUUUGUCUUUACCAGCAAGAUGAAGUAGAUUGGAAUGUGAUUACUCUUGUGAUUUUUAGUAAUUGGCUUUAUAAUAUUACCUACUAGCAAAGAUUUGUUAUGUUCCUACAAUUUUUUUUUUAACGUGGGUUUAAACCCCCAAAUUUUUAAUACUUUUCAUGUUGGCAAAAUUAUAAAGAUUCAGUACUUCACAAGUUAUAGAAAUAUUAAGUGUGCAUUUAAAUGUAUUGUUAUAAAACAGAUUUAGGUUAGAUAAUUUUUACAUUUUUUAGGAAAUCGGAAAUGACUCAAAGAGUUCAUAAGUACCGGUGGUUUAUGGUUUGGUUCAUAAUAUAUAUAUAAUAUAUGAUACCAAGGUACAGGAUGAUGGCAUGACCCAGUGAUGGCUUGGUGUGAUCAAGGGAAAUUGGACUGAUAUGGCAAUGAAAUGAUGAACUAAAAGACAGUACCGUGACUGAAACAAUACACAAAUAACCCGCACAUAGGAGAAAGAAACUUAUGAUGAUGUUUCAGUCCAACUUGAACCAUUAACUAGUCACACUAACACAUGAAGGUAAGGGAGCCAGUAACAUAUGAGCGCCUUACUUUCAUGCGUUAGUGUGUGACUAGUUAAUGAUCUAAGUCGAGCCAAAACAUUGUCAUAAUUUUCCUUCUCCUAUGUGCUGGUUAUAUUUGUGUAAUGAAAUGAAUGUUUUUAUAUACUGUUAAUACUACAUAUAUUGAGGCAACUAAAAUGCUGGGAGCAAGGGGCUAGUAACCCCUUCUGUAUAAAUUACUAAAUUUAAAAAGUAAAAUCCAAGUUUUUCUUUUUUAGGUCCCCCUGCCUCGGUGGGAUAUGGCAGGUUCAUUGAAAAAAGUAUAUUAUUUUGCAAUAUUUAAGUCAGUUACUAACUUCUGCAUAAUGCCUAAUUUGGAAGUGUUGUGCAAGGCUAAAAAUGUAAAUUCAGAAAGCUGAGAAUCAAGAAGGGAAGGUGGUGUAAUUUGUAUACAUAUUAGCAAACAGUAUAUACUGUUUAUGAUCUUAACAUAGACAAAAAAUAUCCAUUUAGAAAUUUUAUUUAGUACUGCAUAGUGUUGACAAGUGUAUGGUGUUGAUGUAUGACUAUGGUAGAUGUGUUUCAACUGGUCCCUUGAUGGGGUCGUGAUCCAAGGAAUUGAAUUUGUCCUUAACUUCUUUGGAUUGAACCCGAUUGUCCCCCGUUUCCCCAGGCACUGCAUGACACUUUCAGGUUUAGUGCUUCCCAAAAAUGCAAUAAAAGGUAAUGAUAAUCAGCUGUGGUUAGCAUUUAGAAGGUACAAGACAUAGCUGGUGGGUUAGGUUCCACAUUGACGCCAUAAAGUAAAUAUCACAUUAAAGCGAAUCGCAGACUUUUUUUUUUUUUUUGCUUGCCAAUGCAUAUAAAAGCCUAAAAACAUGUUUACACUAUCAUCUAUAAAGUGUGCAAUACCACUAGGCCUAAAAAAAGAUACAAAAGGAUAAAUAAUAAUUUUUUUUUUGAAAAUUGCCGAAAACUAUCUUAACAGCAAGGCAAGCGCUGAAAAUAAUGAACACGAAUAUAGUUGAAAAGACAGUAUUAUCGAAGAGCUCCAAAACGAGCACUGUAUUAAUGAGCUAUGUCUUGGGUGCAUUCUUGUAGGUGGGUGUUGUAAUUUUAUUAUGAGAGAGACAGGAUGGCAAGCAUCUUAUAGUUGCUCUGCAGAGUGUAUCUGAAUGCAGUUUAUAAUCCUGUAAAUGAUAUUAAAUUGAUAAGAAUUAAGUGAUGCCAAAGGAUUAAUUGAUAAAGGAUUAUUUGAUUACAAAAUAUAUAUUGAUGAUAAAGGAUUAAUGCAGCUAAAUUUAAUGUAUAUCUCAACAUGAAAUACGAAAAACAUAGGAUAAACAAGAUUUGACUAAUAUUUGGCUUGGGUUUUAUAUUCUGAAAUUAAAUGGCUUUAUCAUCCUCCUCAGCCGUGGUACUGGUGCUUUUAAUAUUGUAGUUUUCUGUUUUCGGUUGAGAUAAAAAUUGGUUAAAAAAAUUACUGAAGGGAAUCACAGUUGUAAAGAACUCUUAGGCAUGUGAGAACUACAGCAAAUCAUCACUUGCUUAGUAGUCUCCAUAUGUAAUUGGCAGAUUAUGACAACAAGUAUCGUAUUUUCCAGCUUAUAAGGCACAAGGGCAUACAAGACGAUGUUUCCAAGCAGUUGUGACGUAAUGUUAGUAAACAACUGCUAAAGCGCAACACAAAGCCUACCCUUGAUCCUGACCUGAGCAUAUAAGGCUCAGGAUGAUUUUCCAAGACUGUAGGAAAAAAGCAUGCCUUAUAUGCUGGAAACUACAUUAUGUUAAUAAGGCAAUAUGCAGUUUAUGGCAUUUUAUUGAGAUGUUUCAGCAAUCAGGGACUGUUAAUUGAUAAAGUUUCUGGUGGGUGAAUAUUUCCUGAAUAAAAUGUCGUAAACUGCAUAGCAUUGUACAGUAGCGCCGCCGUAUCUUCAGGUUCGGUUUUUGCAGUUUCAGUUAUGUGCGGUUUACCCUGGCCCAAAAAUAACCCUUAAUUUUGCUUAAUAAUAACGCCAGAGUGCAAAAGUAGUGAUGGUGACAGUUGUUCAAAGCCUAAGAGAGAUCGUGAAGUGCUUCUCAUCAGUGAAAAAGUGCUAAUUCUCGGCUUAUUAUGUGUAAUUUAUCAGUUAAACUUUAUCAUAGGUAUGUAUGUAAACAAAAAAUUACUUAAAUAUAGGGUUUGCUACUAUCUGCAGUUUAGGGUAUCCACGGUAGGUCUUGGAACUUAUCCCCUGCAGAUACGGGGGAACUACUGUACUAGCAUACUUGGUAGUCUGCCACAGCCUCCAGUGUUAGAGGAAAACUGGAGCACUUGGUUCCAGAGUUUGUGUCAUGGCCAGUGUGUUGCCUUGACAACACUUGCAACAUUGCCAUUUUCUUCAUGGCAAUUUUGCUUUUGUUUUCAUUGUACUGUGCUGUUAUAUUUUAAUAAUAAAUGAAGAUUUUAUUAGCAAAUACAUUGAAUAUAGAAAGUUAAAAAUGGAGUAACAUCAUUCAUAAAUUCAACAAGCAUAAGAAGAGGAAGAUAAAGUUUCUUGAAUUUAGGUACAGUGAGUUAUUUUAAACAUAAAAAAUAAAUUUCUUUUUAAUUCCAGUAAAAUUUUAGAUCACUAAAUGUCACUGUAUUUUAGUUGGCAUUUUUAUUAUUGACUUUGGCACUAGGUCUUUUAUGCAGUUGCAGCUGUCAGUCUUGUAUAUAGUACUCAGUGUACUGCUUAACAAAAUGUACUCUAUAAUUAAAACCUUCAGAAUUUUUUCUAAUAUACAAUUACUUUUUUCAAGGAGUGGACAGGAUUUAAACAUGAUGUUUAGAAUAGACUAAGCUUACAAGCUACUGCUGGACAUCAUUUAUCCUUAAUACAGCUUCACUAGCCAGUGGUGGAGCACAGAAUUACCACCUGCUAGACUUCAGGUUCGAAUUUUAUCUAUUCCUUGAGAAAUGCAUAAUUGUAGAUAAAUGAUAUGUAAUACUAACAAGAUGAAGAAUUAGACAUGUGUGCAACAUCUGGGUAUCUUUAUUGUAGACGUUUUGCCAGCCAGUGGCUUUAUCAGUGCAAUUAUUUGUACAAUUAUAUACAAAAGAUGAGGUAGUCAGUCCCUCAGCCUGGAGUUGAAGAACACCGUUGGCAAAACAUCUACAAAUAAAGAUACCCAGAUGUUACACACGUGUCCAAAUGCAUAAUUAAAUCUUGUGUACUUGGUAUUAGCCAGGUUGUACCCAGCGAUGUGGAACACUUAAUCAUGACAUAAACAGGGCCCCCAUGGGAUAGGAAGCCAAAUGCAAUAGAACAAACUUGAGUAAACGGUAAGCUAAAUUUCUUGAGCCUUGAGUUUCAGCAUUUUAGGUCAUAUAGCACAUAUUCCUCCAUUGAUAAAUGCAACUCAUUUGAUCAGAAUUAAAAGGCAGUACGUGUUUACCAUCUACUCGAGUUUGGUCACUUCUUGACCUCAAUAUCUACCUCAGGAUAAGGACUUCAUCCCUCAUAUUUAUAUUACUACUUGCUCAGGAUUAUGUUUCAAAAUCUCAGGUAUGUCUUGUUCAUAAUGUUUGCAAUUCUCCAGUGUAAUAUACCUCAUAAUGUUACCAGUUAAGUCAGAGUAUGUACAAAUACCAACUUGCAGACAUGGUUAUUCUUUGAGUACAGUAUCUCAGGAAGCACACGUAGUACAAUAUUUAAUAUCUAACAGAUUUACCAUGAAUGAUAAGGUUACUUGAAGAGUGUACCAUGGUUGUGUCAAGGCAGGUUUAGUUCAUUUUUCAAUUAGUGCAACUUUAAUGUGAGAUUAGCUAAUUACCUUCACCUAACAUUACUUGAUAACACUACAAACAGUGCACUUUUAGAUUAGUAUGUUGCUGAUGCUGUUUGUAAGUAAUGUUAUAUAUGGUUUAAUAAGACACAUGAGCAAACACUUGAACAUAUUUAUUAGAAAAUAUUUUGGCUCUGGGACCUUGAUAGCCACAAUCCUUGAGGUCCUCAGUUCUUAAUGGCCACAAAUUUUGAUGGCCUUGAUCCUUGAUGCUCUUGAUGGCCACAAUCCUUGAUGGACUUGAUCCUUGAUAGCCUCAGUCUUUGAUGACCUCAGUCCUUGAUGGUCUCAAACCUUGAUGACCUCGAUCCCUGAUGGCCUUGAUCCUUGAUGGCCCUGAUGGCCUUGAUCCAAGCACCGAAACACUUUGUAAAGAAUAUGUGCUAGUGUUUGCUCCAUGUCAGUCUGAACCACUUGUCAGUAUCAGUUAUCCAGGUUUAUACUAAUGUUAUAUACCGUAUGUUUGCCGGAGAUCAAGUGCAAGAGCUAAUAAUUACUAAGUGCAAUGUGGAUAUUCAGCGUUGGAUUCUGUUUUUAUCAAUGCUGAUGCCUUGUGUAACACGUGAUGCCAUUUUUUUUCCACUAUACGUUCCACCUCGAUCAGCAGAUUAGAUAAUUGAUGUAGUUAUAGAUUUGUGUAGUCAUUUUAUUGUUGAGAUUUGACUGUGAAGACCUGGUUUAAUAUUAUUACAUAGAUAGCUUCUGUUAUUACUGUUAGCCCAUUGUACUGCCUAUGAAAUAUUAGGCUGGGAACAGUACAAAUCCCAAGUCUCAGGUCAACCACUAGGGGUUAACGAGGGUCAUUCUGACCCUACUAUCCAAUAAUCUCCAUAUGAGAAUGUGUGUAUAUAUAUAUAUAUAUAUAAAUAGACAAAGUUGUUCUUGUAGCUGAAGGAUUAAUACUCUUGGCAAAAUGUUGAUGUAUUGUUAAAUCAGAAUACAUAAACAUGACUACUAUACCUCAAAACUUUUAAAUAGUACCUUGGAAUUUUAACUUUGUGCUUCACUGUGAAUAUGAUGAUAUUGAUAAUAACAAUAAUUAUAAUAAUAAUAGUCUAAAACUUCAUAUUGCAGAUCAUACCAUAGUUUUAUUUUGGUUACUGUACAUUAGUCAUCACAGACUUCAUAGUAAGUGCAAUUUUAAUGUAUCUAAUGGACCACAUCACAGUUAAAACUGAGAAUGGGAAAUUGGAAAUAUUUACAUUCAAUUGGGAGUAUACAGUAUUAAUUUCCCUUCAGUUCUAUUAUUUCCUCCUUCAAGUUGGGUACUCCUUCAGCACUGGAACACCAUAUAUUGUAAUAUUGAGAGGCUUAAAGCGUUCACCUCAGGUAAUAGUGUACUUUACCGUAUGUUCAAUAGAGACAUGUUUGAAGUUGUAUUACUUCACUUUUUAUUAUAAUUUUUGGUUGUAACCUUCAGUGCUUGUUGGAUGGUUAAAACUAUGUAUAUAUGUUUUAAGGUAGUUUCCUCACACAUUUGAAGCUUUUUCAGGGAACAUUGUUUGUUGUCAACUCAGAAAUACAUAUUAUUGUGUAAUGGGUCCAUUGACCUCCAAGAAUACACAUGACCCACUCACACAUAAUAUAGGCUUUAGUACUGUGCUGGUUUAUACUAAUACCAGGAGUUACUCUACCUGACGGUCACUUGCAAGUGGCAAAAAUC